UGGAAGCAUUCUUGGGUAUGGACAGCAAGUGACAGAUACAGUCACGGGAGGGUUAUAGUCUCGGCAUCCUGACCCUCUAUCUUUAUGUUUUUUAUCUUUACUGCUGGAUCGUCUGUGUGCUGGGCUGGAUAAAGAGGGCGGGAUCUGCCUCAAAUUGGAGACACCUUGAGUUAAUGAUUGCAGUGCUGGAGUAAGAGAGUAUAAAACUAUCUGAAAGUUGCUCCUUGCGUUUCCUUCACUGUCUAUUACCAUGUCUUUCUCUGGAAAAUACCAGCUGGAGUCACAGGAGAACUUUGAGCCUUUUAUGAAGGCCAUCGGUCUCCCUGAUGAGCUCAUCCAGAAAGGCAAAAACAUAAAAAGCAUCUCUGAGAUUGAGGAGACUGGUGACAACUUCAAAGUGACGGUCACAAUUGGCACAAAGGUCCUCACCAACUCCUUCACCAUCGGAAAGGAGGCUGAUAUUGAGACCAUCACUGGGGAGAAGGUCAAGGCGGUUGUAAUGCGUGAAGGCAAAAGUCUGAAGGUCUCCCUAAAGGGAAUUGAGUCCGUCACAGAACUGGUGGAUGAGAACACAAUUCUCAAUACUAUGACUCUUGGCAGUAUUGUAUACAAGCGGAUGCUCAAACGCAUGUAAAUGUCUGCACUAUAAUAAAUUGUUAAAAAAUUCA